AUUCUGUUUAUUUGCUUUGUUUGUUCCUUGAAUGGAUGAGUGCUUAUUGAUUUUUCAUAAUUAGUUCAAUAAUUUGGGAUUCUGUGUGUUAAUUGCAUUAUUUCUCUUGAUAAGUUCAUCUUCGUGUAAAUAAUUAAAGGAAUAAUUCUUGCAGAUUGUGUUGUUGUUGUCGUCGUCGUUUGUCGGUUGAAAGUGUUUCUUUGCAGUCAUGAGUUUUGCUUUUCGAGGGAGUAGGGGAGAUAUUGAAAGCGGGUUUUCAGAAUAUGUUCCUGAAAGAACCUCUAUGCGAGUUCAUCGAUCUCGGUUGGCUCAUAGCAAUUCUCUAGCUUUUCUGAUUACGGUUAUUUUGGUAUUCAUGAUAUUAAACUCCCCUCAGAUGUCACAUUAUUUUUUGCUCUGGAUAGUACUGGCUGUCUUCGUGAUGGCUACAAGUCUGAGAAUGUAUGCAACAUGUCAACAGCUUCAAGCGCAAGCCAGGGCUCAUGCUGCAGCAGCCUCUGGGUUGCUUGGCCAUGCUGAAUUACAUUUUCAAAUGCCACCAUCUAUUGCAAUUGCAACUAGAGGACGAUUGCAGGGACUUAGACUUCAGCUUGCACUUCUUGACCGAGAAUUUGAUGAGCUAGAUUAUGACACUUUGAGAGCUUUAGACUCUGAUACUGCUUCUAGUACUCCUUCAAUGACUGAGGAAGAGAUAAAUGCCUUGCCUAUUCACAAGUAUAAAGUAUCAGGCCCAACAAAACAUGGCUCUACCGGUUUAACAUCUUUUUCAGAGGCAGCUGAGAGUAAAGAAGACUCUAAAGGAGCAGAGAGAAGUGUCAAAGGUUCAGAAGAUGAGCUGAUAUGUACUAUAUGCUUGGACCAAGUUACGAGGGGGGAACUUGUGCGUAGCUUGCCGUGCUUGCAUCAGUUUCAUGCCAAUUGCAUCGUUCCAUGGCUUCGGCAACAAGGAACAUGUCCUGUGUGCAAAUUUAGGAUGGGGUCAGAAAGGCAGGGAAACACCGAUAGCGAGUCAGUUCAGCGAGGUUCCUAGCCUUUUAUGUGGAGAGUUUUAAUCAAUACUCAAUCCCUUUUAUAGGGAGUAGUUUUAUGUGACCUACCCUUUUUUAGGGGGAGGGGAGUUCUAUGUGGCCUACUUAUCAGGAUAGGUCGACGUGUAAAUGAUUCAAGUAGGGUUUUAUUAUUGGGAGAGUUUAUCAAUCCUCAAUCCCUUUGCUAGGGAGGAGUUUUAUGUGACACACUUCUUUGUAGGAUAGGUCAACAUGUACAUGGUUGAAGUUUGUCUCAUCAUGUGGAAAGUGAAGAUUGUCUCAUUAUGUGGAAAGUUUACGUUUUCAACCUAUUAUCACGAGACAUUUCAUACUAAAUGGAGGUCUUGCUAAAAAAUUGUGUCCUUGCAAGAGAAAAGAAUGCACCCGAGCUACUUUUAUUAUAAAUAUGUAGUUUUUAGAUGAAUACAAAAUAUUGGUUGGGACUUGGCAUGGGAUAUGUAAAAUCCACAUUGUUUAAGUGUUUAAUCAUAAGAAAUGGGAUUCAAUAUUGAUAAA